UUUGUCGGCGCAGUGCUCUUCUGGGCGGUAGUGAUGUUCGCGAGCUCGAUUGUAAAGUGGAAGUCGAAUAAUUAAGUAGUUAAAAUUUGAGAAAAAUACACAUUCUUUUAGUAAUAAUCAUAAUUUAGUAAGUGUUAAAAAAUAAAUUAAUUAAACAAACGGAAUACGAGGAAAAUAUUCGCUAAAUAAAUGCCAUGAAAAUGUGAAUUUUUUCUAAUCGUGGUUUGAGUGCAAUGUUAAAAGUGGUUUCGUCCGACGUAUAAAGUUGCUUGUUGUCUAUUUCAUUGGAUGGAUAUUGUUUAAUGCUCUUCGACACAUACACACAUUUCAACGUACAACAAUUAAUGAAGAAAAUAUUUAAUAAAAUUUAUGAUUAAUCAUAAUUCAUCUUAAAGUCCCCAAAAAAGUUACAAAAACAAAAAAGAUAUCGAAAAUUAAAAAAAUAUAUACCUAUAUAACAUAAAUUAAAUGUAUCAAGUGAAACAAUAAUAAAAAUGUAAAGAUUUUCAUAAAUUGGUCCAGACAAAAAAAGGAAGAGAAAAUCUUCGCCGUCUUCGUAAUUCAUUGUUGGAAGUUUUUUCUUUUAUUUGUGCGCAGGAACAGGAGAAAUGUUGAAAACGACAAAAAUGAAGCAGUUUAAUGUGUCGGUCAUCGGCUUGUCCGGGACUGAAAAGGAUAGAGGUCAAGUAGGCGUUGGUAAAUCAUGCUUAUGCAAUCGAUUUAUAAGGCCUAUGGCUGAUGACUAUUUCAUAGAUCACAUAUCAGUGUUAAGUCAGAGUGAUUUUAGCGGUAGAAUUGUGAAUAAUGAUCAUUUCCUCUAUUGGGGUGAUGUACACAAAACAACCGACGAGGGAACGGAAUAUACAUUUCAUAUAAUCGAGCAAACAGAAUUCAUGGAUGACUCGACAUUUCAGCCAUUCAAGGUUGGCAAAAUGGAACCUUAUAUAAAGAGAUGUACAGCGACAAAAGUAUUUUCAGCCGAAAAGCUCAUGUACAUUUGUAAAAAUCAAUUGGGCAUCGAAAAAGAAUAUGAACAAAAAAUAAUGCCAGAAGGACGUUUGGUUAUCGAUGGUUUUGUUGUUGUAUUCGACGUUAGCCCUGUGCCAAAUAGAAAUAUUGAGAAGCAAGUAGAGUUUGUUCAAAAUGCCAUUACUUUAAUAUUAAAGAAUAAGAAGCCUCUGGUACUGGUGACAACAAAAAAUGACGAUUCAAGUGAAUUAUACAUAAGAGAAGCCGAAAAAAUAUGCCAACGUAAGGAAUACAAAGGAAUGGUGCAAUUGAUUGAAACAUCGGCACAUGAAUCCAUAAAUACAGACUUGGCUUUUUUGGUAUUGGCGCAAAUGAUUGAGAAAGUAAAAAAUCGCAUCAAAAUUAUACCAUAUCAUGAGGCUGCCCGAUCACGAAAGGAAUUGCUAGAAAGCCGCUCAGAAGCCGUGACUCGACUCAUACGUAAUCAAAUUACAGACUAUCAUAUACUUUGGUCACAAGGCUCAAAAAUGCUUGCUCAAUUUAGAGAGUGGACGGAGUUUCUCAAUAUAUUUGGUCACGAUGCUGGACAGAAGCUAUUUAGACGACAUAUGAAGAAAUUGAGGGACGACCAUAUGAAUAAGAAAUUACACCAAUAUUUGGAUAAGUUCGCUCGUACACUCGAAUACAUGUUGCCGGACAUAAAUGCCAUAUCAGCAAGUGAUGACGAUGUCUGGGAAUGUGCCAAGGGUUAUAUACGAAAUCAUUUAGAAUUUGAUCAAUAUUUCUUCGAGUGUCCCCAGGCGUCUUGGCAAGAACUGGUUGAUAUGGACGAAACAGAAGAUGAACAUCGUAUACCGUUUGAUAUUUUGGAAACAUCAGAAGCUGAGACAGUAUUUAGGAACUUCUUAAAUUCAGUUCAACAAGAUAAAAAGAAAAUCGGCUGGAAACAACAAUUUAAAAUGUUGUUGGAAGAAUCUGGAUUUGUUACCCCGGGUAAACAACUAUCAGAAGUACGUGUUCUUUUUAUGGGGCGUGAAUGUUUUGAGGCUUUAUCUGAACAUGACUGCCAGCAAAUUUAUGAUAUUCACCAGGAUGAAAUUAUCGAAAAAAGUAAACAAAACUUUGUGGAACUACUCUUAGAACAUGCUCAAUUUUUCCAGCAAUUCAAAAAUGUUGAUAUUAUAACGCAAGAAGACGUAAGACAAAUUACAGAUGUCUUACAAGAUGACUCUAGAUAUAAGAUAUUAGAUCGCUUGGAUCAGGAGAGACGAGUUAUUUUGUUUCAGCAUCUCGGUUUUAUGCAUUGUCCCAUACGCGACCAUUGCCCGUUUUACCAUAGUUGUGUUGAUAAUUUUGUGGAGGAAAUACUAGCUGACAAAUCAGGUGGAAAUCUUAAAACGUUGGGUGGUGUCGGUGGAGGUGUCAACUGGAAGAAUCAAAGUACUGACAAAACACUUAAUUUGCUCAUUGUGGGCUCUGAACACUUAGCCAGUGAUUUGCUCAAUGACAUACGCAUGUGUACAGGCUCUAAGGGUGAAUAUAUCUAUGAAAAUCAGACUUAUUAUCUUAACUAUCGCAUUGCUAAUGGCGAUAUGGAAGCCUUUAAGGCCAUCGAUGUUUAUUCAAGUGGACUAAUUUGUGUUUAUUCAAAUCAACAGUCGUUCGAAACACUUAAGGAUAAUCUAGAACGAACAUUGCUUUGUAAUUUAGAGUUGGAAGAUAAAUUCGAAAAUCUACCAAUUGUUCUAGUUUACCAGCCACAAGAUUUAAAAGAAAACGAAGUAGAUUAUUUACGCAACGAAGGUUUAAGAUUGGCCGAAAUGUUGCAUUGUGAUUUCAUUGACCACCAGCAGAAUCAUCAGAAAUAUGUGUAUGACAUCUUGAAUAUUGUGAUUGAUUCUUUAAGGGUUACAGAAAUGAAAUCUCUCGAAUCAUUUCCACCUAAUCAAACCGAUUUACGCAUAUUAGUUUGUAUGUUCUGUGGUGACCAAUAUGAUAUUGAAAAUAUCAUAAGUCCCUUAACAACUGAAUCGACAUUUUGCAAAGCAGCUGAACAUUCCAUUGUAAUUGAUGUUUUCAUAGGUGACUCUAAGAAACGGGUCGAAUUUAUAAUUUCAUCAUAUCACGGUAUAAAUCAGUAUCGCGAUGAAUUAAUACAUGGUUUUAUUUUUGUAUAUUCAGCCAAAAGACGCUCUUCAUUGGCCAAUUUAAAUGUUUUAGUCUCCCAAAACUCCAAUAUACCCUUACAAAUUGUGGCGAUUACAGAAAGUGGUGGUGCAAAUGCAUUUUUCAGUAGCGAAAUCUGUCAAUUUUUAAUAACGGAAGGUAACUCAUUAGCAGAUCGUUACAAAGCUAGUUUUAUGACGUUUUCGGCAGAUCAAUAUGUAAAAUUUGCGUUCUACAGUCCUUUCUUAAAGAAUGCUUGGGAUAACAAGUAUGAAGUUGAAAAUUUACAUGUUGAGGAGUCAAUUACUUUAGAUUCAGGAGAAGGUACACUGGAGAAUUCGGUAAAUCAGUUGCCUAGACCACCACCACGUCACGAAAGUUAUAUGCUUUCAAGUACCCUAGGUACUGAUGGCUCUGGUAGUGAAAAUUACGAAAUGCUUCCUACACGUUCUCUAAAUUCAUUAAAUGAAGAAAGAGACAUAUCGUUAGAUGAAAUCUAUGAAGAAAGCAACGAAAAGCCAAAAAUGCUUCAUCAAAGAUUCCAGAUAUUUCCUCCUCCAACAACUCCUCCAGAGCCAGCUCCUCCAGAUCAUCAGCUCAUUACAUGCUCAUAUAAGAGCCAAUUCGUAUCAGCUUCCGAGUCUAGUUUGGAAGAAAUAACAUCGGAUGUCAGCGGGUCAAAGGAUUCAUUGGCUACACAUGAUGCAGAAUGGUUAGAUGAUAAAACAGAUGUUCGCCGUAAUGCAAAUAAAAAUUCUAUUUGGAAUAAUUUUGGUGGCUCAACACAUGCUUACACAACUGGUCGUAGGCACAUAGACUCUAAUUUGAAUAAAAUUCGUCCAAAAGGUCCAAGUCAGACCCUAAAGCAACCAGGAAAGUUAAAUUUAAAAAAUUUUCAACUAGUUAGUGAUGCUGUAGCAAAAAUGAAUUUUGGCGGUGAAACUUAUCUACCCUGCGAUGAUAAGGAUCCUAAACGUUACACACAAUUCGAUCAUUCCCAAUUGGAUGGUGAUGAAGAUGAUUCAGAAGAAUUAGCUGAAUAUGAGCAAAUAUAUGAAAACGAAGACUGCACCGAAUCGGAUAGUUGUGCCAGUUCUACUGAACGUAAGGCGCGACAACAAAAUGCUUAUUACAAGCAGAUAAACAAGAAACCGCCAGCCAAUAAGAAGACCAAGAAGAAGAAAGUUGCUAUACCUGUUCAGACUCCACGUGUUCCAAUGUUUGGCUCAUAUGUAAGCCCACCGGAAAUACCACUUCAUUAUCAGAGAAUGGUUGGCACCGAGAAAAAGAAAAUAGGCGAACCUCCCAGUAUUAAUGAUAUUAUUAAAACAGAUAAAUCACCAGAAUAUACUAUGGUUGCAGAAGCACCGGCACUUUUCGCUUCAGAUAACCUAAGCGAAUUUAAUAUGAAUGCAAAAUGUUUAAAGGAAUAUGAAAAGACAGAAAAACGUCGUCUUAAAGAGGAAAGCGCCAGAUUACGCAAACUGCAAGAGAAAGAAAAAGAACAAGAAAAGAAACUUAAACGAAAACUUAAACAGAAUUCCAAAGGUUUUCCCGAUACAGAAUCUCAAUUUGAUAAACUAAUGAUCUCGGACAAAGUGGAAAUUCCAAUAUUUUUAAUAAAAUGUAUAGAGUACAUAGAAAAAGAGGGGCUUGAUUCCGAAGGCAUUUACAGAGUACCCGGCAGUCGAGCUCACGUUGAUUUAUUGUUUCAAAAAUUCGAAGAAGACACCAAUACAGUGAUUGAGUUAUUAGACAUUCCAGUUAAUGCAGUUGCUACAGCAUUAAAAGACUUUUUCUCCAAGCGAUUACCAGCAUUGUUUAGCAAGGAUAUUAUAAAGGAACUAGAGGAAGUUGCUGUUUUUGUUUUAGGUUCCCGUGGUAUUGGUUCUAAAAUGAAUGUGGAAGUAAAAACGGAUCGAAGUUGCCGAUUAAUGGCUUUAAAGACACUAUUGGAGAAGUUGCCACCAGUUAAUUUUGCAAUCUUAAAAUAUAUUUUCCAGCAUUUUGUCCAUGUUUCCGACAAUUCCAAAUUGAAUAGCAUGGAUAGUAAAAAUUUAGCUAUUUGCUGGUGGCCAACAUUAAUUCCUAUAGAUUUUACAGACAUGGGUCAUUUCGAGCAAUUACGUCCCUAUUUAGAAGAUAUUGUGCAAACCAUGAUCGAUCAGUAUCCAUAUCUAUUCUGUGGCGAAGAUGCCUUCGUAAUGGUAUAAAUAAUUUAAAUAUACAUCAAAGCAGUAUUUUAUAUUUAUUGUGUACGUGUGAGUAUGUUUAUGUGCGAGAUAUGUUUAAUAAUGUUGUUUAACAACAAACACAUCAAAUUCUAUUGAAAGAAACAUAAAAAAAACAGCACAAAAACAACAAAAUACUUUAAAUAGUAUGUAACUAAUAUACUGAUGAGAAAACAAAAAAACAAAAGUAAUUAUGCUCAGCUAAUAAGAUGAAAAUGUAUGUAUGCUUGUGCGUGAGUGUAUGUGUAAUUCAUAAAAUUUUAGUUAAUAGUUGAUUUUUAAAUUAUAAAUUAUUCGAUUAGAUAAAUGUAUGUAAAUGUUUGUGUGUAUGUGAAAAACAAAAAAAGAAUUGAAACGAAAGUAAUUUAAAACAAAAUAAAACAAACAAAAAACAUAUUAGUUGUAGUUAAAUCGAAAGUGAAAUUAAUUAAAACCUCUCCCGCUGAAAACAUGAUCAAAGUCAAUCUAGAUAGAACCCCAACACCUAUUACAAAGUCAAUAAUAAUACUCUUACAGUGGAUAUCCACAUAUUUACUCGUAUUUACAAAUUUAGUUUAAUCUAUCAAUUGCUCUUUCUGGUUACAAUUUGUCAUUGAAUCUCAUUAUUACUAACACAUUUAAAACGAAAAAAACCGAACAGAACAAUUAAACGCGAGCAUUAUUCAAAACAAGCAAAAAUUAACGAUUGGAAACCUCUCUACAAUAUGAACAGUUUUUAUAGGCGUUCCAAUUCAAAUUAUUACUAUUUAAAACAAACAUAACAGAAUUGAUGUAUUUUGUUUAUAAAAAGCCAGACUUAAAGUUUUCUGUUAACCAUCUUAAUUUCGUAAAUUUUAGAGUACAUAAAAGCACCUUUUAAUUAGAAUAUGGUAUUAUAGAUAUAAUUGGAACAUUCUCAAGAUAUAAACAAAUUAAAGUCGAUAUUGAAAUUAUUAAAUUGCACUGCUCAAAUAUUGCUACAACAUUAUUAUAAAGCCUAAAUCGACAAUAAUUUUUAAAACAACAAAAUAUUUUUAGAUUUUGCAAAAAUUUCCAAACAACUGCUCGUUUUUUUUUUUUUUUUUUAUUAAUUUUAUAAAUUUAUUCCUUAUUUCUAUUGCUGUUUUAUAAUUUGUUAUUUCUGCCGCUGUACUCAUAUAAAUUUUGUUUGUAAUUUUCAAUCGUUGAGAAAUAGUUUUUGCUCCAAUAUCAAAACGAAAAAAAUUAAGUAAAAAAAAGAAACGUGAAUUAAUUAAUACGCUUAUUAAUAGUAAUUAAAAAUUCUUCAAAUAAAUGUAUAGCUGAAGAUAAACGAUAACAUAAUUUCAUAUCAUAAAACAAGUAAAACAAAAACUAUGAAAAAAAUAAAAUAAAAAUAAUAAUAAACUCA